GGUGUCGAGGGAGAGAGCGCGAGAGCCCACCCGCCCGCCUGGUGUCGCUGGCGCGCACGCGCGCGGGGCCUGGCUGGAAGUGACGCGCUGGCGGGCUCCGGCCUUGGGAAGCGGUGACGAGAGCCGGGGAGAAGGUUUGCUUCUCCUACAGCACUUUUCACACAAAUAUGUCAGGUGAUCUGUAUGGAAAAUUCCUGGCCCCAGAUGAACCAUUCCCCUUCUUACCACAAAGAGGACACACAAGUGACGUUGCCACUCUUGAUGUCAGUGACUUUGGCUGCCAGUUAUCUUCCUGCCACAGAACUGAUCCUCUGCGCCGAUUCCAUACCAACAGGUGGAAUUUGACUUCCUGCGGAACAAGUGUGGCAAGUUCUGAAUGCAGCGAAGAACUAUUUUCAUCAGUUUCCUGUGGAGACCAGGAGGAUUCCUAUUCUCUUCUCGAUGAUCAGGAAUUCACUCAAAAUGCAUCCUUUGACCUGUUUCCAGAGGGCAGUGUUUGUAGUGAUGUGUCUUCAUCAAUUAGUACCUACUGGGAUUGGUCAGACAGUGAAUUUGAGUGGCAGCUGCCUGGCAGUGAUAUUGCAAGUGGAAGUGAUGUCUUGUCUGACUUGGUACCCAGCAUUCUGAGUUCCCCUUGCCCUGUUCUAAAGAGAAGAAGUAAACAGCAUCGAAGUUUGGAUGAGCUUCCAUGGAGUGCGAUGACAAAUGAUGAGCAGGUUGAAUAUAUUGAGUACCUGAGUCGUAAAGUCAGUACAGAAAUGGGACUGCGAGAACAGCUGGACAUUAUUAAAAUUAUUGAUCCAAGUGCUCAGAUUUCACCGACUGACAGUGAAUUUAUCAUUGAAUUGAAUUGUCUGACAGAUGAAAAGUUAAAGCAGGUAAGAAAUUACAUUAAAGAACAUGGUGCCCGGCAACGAUCCGUGCGUGAAAACUGGAGGAAAAAUAGUUACACUGGUUGCAGUGCCAGCGCUGUGAGCGGUGCCAGCAGCAGCAGUGCCAGUAUGAUCAGCUCAGCCAGCAGUAGUGGAUCCAGUGGUUGCAAUUCUGCAUCUGCUGCUUCAAGUGCCAACAUGAGCCGGGCACACAGCGAUAGUAACUUGUCUACAAAUGCCGCUGAAAGAAUAAGAGACUCCAAGAAACGAUCUAAACAGCGCAAAUUACAACAGAAGGCAAUGAGGAAGCGGCAGUUGAAAGAACAGAGACAAGCCCGAAAAGAGCGACUAAGCGGUUUAUUCCUGAAUGAAGAAGUGCUCUCAGUAAAGGUGGCAGAAGAAGAUAAUGAAGGAGAUGUGGACAUUUUAAUGUAACCAAUUCUCAAAAGCACUGUACAUUGAAUUUAAAAAAAGAAUGUUCUGAAUUAUAACACUAGUUAGCUUGAAAACUGGAGAUGCAAACUGGGGCAAAACGAAAUGGGGACUAUUUUUGUUUACGUUGCGACUGUAUAUAUUUUCUGGCAUUUGGCAAUUCUGUUGAAUCUGCCUGAAAAUGGAUUUAUUUAGAAAGUAUUAAAAUGUUAAGCUGUAUAGUAUCUCAAAAGACUUGAUGGCAGCAACAGUAAUUUGCAACAUAUAUUCCUGUAACAUUAAUGUACAGUACACUAUUUUAGUGAAAGCAUUUAUUAUGUAUCACUGUGGUAUUUGAAAUACUACGUGUGUAAUGCAUUUAAGGAUAGUUUUGUUUUGAUCUGCCUCCUGCAUCACCGAUCAAUUACAAACCCUUUUGGAACAUUGGUAGAUAGGCAACAUUUAACAAUGGGCAAACUUAGUGCAGAAGUAUGUUGUGCUUAGCUUGGGUCAUUCUCAAUUUUAUAUAGAAAUGUUGAAUUUUGUUCUGGACAACAUUUGUCAAAAAAUAAUGCGAUUGAAUCCUAUUGUAUGCAAAAGUGCAGGAUAAACAAAUUACUUAUUGUACUAAUUUUUCCCCAAACUGACUGAGGCAAUCUAGAACAAUACUGUGCAGCUACAAUGUAUAGGUACCAAAACUGAAUAGAAAGAUGAUACAAAUAUCCUCACAGGCAAUACUAUAUUUACUUAGUCAUUUUUAAUUUUAUUACAGCAGAUAGGCAUUUUGCAUGCAAUGCUGUACACAGAACUAUAAACUGGAUAGUAUGUGUUCCUGUGUGUCUUCCUGUGCAAAGGAAAAGAUACAACAGAAUUAAAUUUCAGUUUACAAGUUAUGUUGGGUGAGGGCACCGGUAUCACAAUAUUCUAAGAGGCAAAGAUUGUCUUGAUCCUGCUUUAGCUCAAUGUGAUGACAGUAUUGUGAAAUUCAUUGUCGCCUUGAGUCGCUGUUUAUAAUCUCUUUGAUUUAAACUAAAUAACAUUGGCAAGCAUAUGAAAUGCCUUGUUUGAAAAUUUAAAAAUUAUGUCUGAUUUUUGAUCUAUGGAAUUGUAUGCAUAGUAAUACCAUGCUUCAAGACAUGGUAGCCUUGAGAAUUGGUGGAUCUAAUUAACAUUCACCUUGUCAUGGUUUGUGUGGCUGAGUUAAGUCUGUUUGAGGCAUAAAACUGUCCCAACUCCCAAGUUUCCUUCAAAUAAUUCUGAGAAUAAAAUCAAUAAACUAGGUUUGUGUGUGUGUGCCUGAGAACUGAUGGAAACUGCAGUAGCUGAUGUGCAAGCAUGUGAGAAAUUAAUGUGUGAGUAUGUGAAACUGCAGGUAAUGGAUGUAAAUGCGCCUAAUUUGGGCUAAGUAAUAUUUUGCCGGGUGAUUUUUAUGGACCUGCUAGUUUAAAGGAGUGUUGCAUGUGUUUUGUCUUCUCCUCAGCACAAAAUUAAAGGUGUGGGUUGUUUACAUGAAACUUCAUUAAUAGAAAUGGUGAAUAUUCUAAUUUAUGAAUGAAUGUGUUUAAAAAGCUAAACCAAUGCUGCUUGAAUGCAGAACCACUAUUAUGAAAUGGGUGUUUCAUUAGGUAACACUGAAAAGUAUAAAAUUGCAGUACGAAAGAUUGAUGUGAAUUCUAUGAUUCUAUUUGUCUUUGACGAUUGUACAUAAAUCUUUGAUUCUGACAUAUUGAUGUAUUUAUGAAUGCUUCUGUGGCACUAUGGAGUAUACAUAAACAUGACUGAAGAUCGUGACAAUACUUGAUUUUUCCAGUAAUAUUUCAAGAUGAAGCAGUAAUAAUUUCUCUAGCUGCAAAGUGUAGUCAUUUUGAUAAUGAGAUUAUUGCUUAUAUGUUUAUUAUGAGUGUCCCUCAUCAAAGUCACUGUGCUUAACAGCAAGGAGAAUUUUUUUGCUUGGUCAUUCCAUUUUGCAGGUUAUUACUGUAUCCUCUUUAAUUCACUCAGAAUUGUACAGAAAAUUUGUAUUAACAAAGAUGUCAAAUAAAAAAUGCAAUUUUUCAUUUAAUUUUUGAAUAGCAAUCUUUUCAGAGCGCCACAGCUUACAUGUUUUCUAACAUAGUACAUUUAACAAUAAAUUGUAGUUAUAUUGCACACAUUGCACAGACAAUUGUGUGACAUUUCUAAUAAAAAUAUCACAAAUGUUUUGUAUUUAGUUUCAGUUCUGCUGUGGCCCUUUAAAUAUUUGUACAUUUCAUUGAAGUAAAGAUCAGUGUUUUAGUAUGAAAA